AUGGCCAAGACCCUGCACCGGCGCACAAGUCGGGCCCCACCCCCGCCCGUGCUUCGCCGUCCCAGACCGAUGGCCCCAAUGUCCUCUCCGGUCUUUUGCAACAGGAUUGUGCCCAGCUCAUUCCUUUUUCUGGGCUUCCCUUCUCCCUCCGCUUUGUCCGUUGCCUCCUCCCUUCUUCCCUAUUCCCUCUUAAUUUCAAUCCAGGUGUCAGAGGACCGACGCGCCCGCCCCCUGCCGCGUCAUGCCGAUCCCCGUGCCCAAGAGGAGGCGCAACUACCAUACACGGAUGGCAGCGCACCCCCCGGUCUUGACGCCGAAAUAAUUCACGCCCAACAGGCCCGGCAGCAACAAAUAGAAGCCCUUCGUGCCCAAUAUGCAGCACUCAUGGCUCAGCAGGACCACGGGCCCCCAUCAGAUCUGCCCUAUGCCACGAGUCAUGCCCAGGCACCGCAGGCCCCGUUUCGCCCCGACACCAGCGGACCCAUGGGCGCAUCCUAUGGAUCACCUCCCCCACGCCACGUGCAGCAAUACCCCUCCCCCGCUGCUCGAACCCGCCCACCCCAUCACGUUGGCAGUGUGCACCACACUGGCUCUCGCCCCCAAUCCGCCAUGUCCAUGCGCUCCGAGGAGCGCGUGCCUCUACCUUCCAUUGCAACCUCCCACGCCCAUCCCCCGCAGCAGGGCCUAUCCGAAAGUCACCUUCCCCCUUGGCUGCGCGAUGCCAACGUUCCGGCGGCCGAUGCCACCAGCCCCAUUCGCCGACAUGGCGCCCCACCAGCAGCCCAUGCUCCCCAACAACGCAUAACAGUGGUCGAUAGCGAUGCCCAACAAGCCCGCCGAGCCAAGCAAGAGCAGCUUCGUGCCGAUCUCGCCCAGCAAAUUGCUGACAAGCAGCGAAAACUGGAACAGGAACGGUCGGAUUUGCAACGAUCCGGCCACUUUCAACGCGGUGGCAACCCGCUCGACGAGGCCUGGGGUGCCAUCCCCAGUCGCCGAUCCAUCUCCAUGCCCGAUGACCACGGCAGCGUGCACGCCAUGAACGGCGCGCAUGCACCCGCCUAUCACCAGCAGUCGGGUCCUCAAGGCUACCCUCAGGCUUCUCAUCCCUUCGACAACCCCGCCCAUCAACACAACCCAUAUGCGAGCUCCUCGCACCCGCCACAGCCCCAAAGCCCGCCCUCACACGGGACGCAUCAGCACUACCAGUCGCAUGGCCCCGCGGCUGGACCCCCAGCCCUCACCCGUCACGGAUCCCGCGGCGCGGUGGGUGGCCCGGCACAUGUGGAUAUUGCCGCACUUAGCAAGGCUGGAAUGAUGUCCAUGGCCGCCAAUGCCGACCAAGAUGCCAAACAAUUUGAGCAGGAGCGACGCAAACAGGCUCUGAUGCAGCAUCAAGCUGAUAUCCGGCGCCAAAUUGAAGCCAAAGAGGAAGCCAAGCGACAAGAGCGUGAAAAUGCCGCUCGCCUUGAGCGCGAGGAAAACGAGCGACUGGCUCGGGAACAAGCUGCUCUGCAGCAACGGUACGAAGCCGAGCAGCGCGCAGCCGCUGACAAGGAGCGGGCCAAGGAGGAACAGGCCCGGGCCAUGGAAGCUGCCAUCGCUGAAUCGCGGAGACGCGCUGACGAAGAACGCGAGGAAGCGCGUCGCCUCCGCCAAGCACAAGCGCAGGCUGAACGUGAGGCUGAGGAACAACGCCGUCAGCAAGCGGAACUCGAGGCCGAGGUGCAGCGUCACCAACAGGCUGAACGUGAGGCCGAGGAGCAGCGCCGUCGUCAAGCGUCGCGGCCUUCGUCUCAGCAGCCGACUGAAGCCUUUCCUCAGCCGCAACCUCCAGCCACACCUCCACACUCCCGCCGCCAUGCCCGCCGCGCCAACCACACCCUGGUGGCCCAAGAGCGAGGACCAUCUCCUCCCACCACCGUUGGCUCGGGAGCCGAGCUGAGCAGGCUCGACGAUGAUGAGGCAGAUGUUGUCCUCACCCAGGCUUCGCCCCCUCGGCCUUGGUCUCCACCAAUUCCUACCCUGGCUGCCCAGCCGCCGUCGCCCCCGGUGCCAGCUAUUGCCAAGCAAACUGAGCUCAAGCGCGAGCUUCAGCCUCAACCUCGACCUCAAGCCCCAAGCACUUCUGUCCCCGCCCAAAAGAUUCGUGAGGCCCCUCCGGUGACCAAAAGCCUGGCUCCAGCUCCAGAUCACGCCCCCAUGAGCGCUCCAGCUUCAGUGCCAGUUGACCCGCGCAUUUGGGAGGCCUGUACAGCGCUGCGAACGUGCCUGAAGGAAAAGCAGCGUGAUAUCGCUGGGGCCAUCUCCACAUGCCGGGUCUAUCUUGAAUCGCGAGGAGAAGCGCACGCGGUGGCCGAGCUUGCGCGCUCGCAGGUAGCAGCCGUUCUCACUACGUCGUCUGAGGCCUAA